AUGGAGGAGCGAGCGACGGGGGCGACCGGAGGCGGAAACCAGGAGGACGUGGCCAACAAGGGCGGUGCCCAAUCCGAAGGCAUCUCGACAGCAGACGAUGAGAAAGAACUGAAUGUUGAUUGCGAUGCUGGGAACGCGCAGGAGGGUGAGGACACGAUGGAAGCUGCACAGGCACGAAAGGAGGCGAAGAUGAAGCGGAGGGAGGAACGACGGGUGGCGCAUUGGCAGCAUCGCCGACAGAAGAGGAGGGAAAAGAAGCAAGAGAUUCAGAGGCUGGAGCAGGAGGCCAUCGCACGCGGCGAACAACCACCAGAGAGGAAGAAAAAGAAGAACCCCCGAAUUCGUACGUCGGUGCCCCUCGAGAAGAAUCACCCCCGUCUCGUCGUCGAUCUCGAUUUUCAAGAUUUUCUGAAUGAAAAGGAGAUCCGCAGCGUGGCGAGUCAGAUCAACACCGCCUAUGGCUGGAUUCGACACCACAGCCGUCCCCUGGAGAUGCACCUCACCUAUCUCAAGGGCCGAGUGAAGGAGGCCGUGGAGAGGAACACCGGGUCCUCUCAGUGGCAGCUGGCCAAGCACGAAGAGUCCUUCAUCGACGCCUUCCACGAGCAGAAGGACAAGAUCGUCUACCUGUCGCCGGACUCGCCUAACAUCCUGGAGACGCUGAAUCCUGAACAUAUUUACAUCAUCGGCGGCAUUGCGGACGUGCACAUACAGAAGGGCAUGACGCUGGGCAAGGCGGAACGGUUAGGCAUUCAGACGGCCUGCUUGCCCGUGAAGCGAUACACCCAAGCCUCCAGGACAGUACUCAACAUCAACCAUGUGAUUGAAAUCAUGACCAACGUCGCUGAGACCGGAGACUGGGCUGCGGCGUUCGCCAAAUCGAUGCCGACCAGGUUUGUGCUGCGUUGGGUGAUUUGA